AGCCCUGGUACAGCUAGCUGGUAGGAGUUCCCCGGGAAUUUGAGUAGAACCGUCCUCCCGGCAGAGGCGGGCCGUUUACAGACUCAGGCAAGACGUGUGCGUGAGACUCUGGCAAACAUGCGCAAGUGAUCCGAGUCUGUUUUCUCAAAAAUAUGAGCUAGAAAGAAAUGGCAGGAGUUCUUCUCGUGAAACGUGGAGUUUCCUCCCAGUAGUAUAUCCCACACACCCGGGAGUCUACCGACGAGAUAUCCCCAGUUUCCAAGAGGAAUACGACGUCGCACGGUCCGUGUCGGCUAUCAAAAGGCUCGACAACACUUCGAUCGUGUUUCUGCCCCACUUUCGAGGCUCUUUGUCCUCUGUGAAGGAGCGACACGGAAGAUUGAGGUUUCAAGGAACGGGUGAUCCCCUGUCUCGGAUCCCCUGGGAUGCCCAACCCCAAGCGGCUGCGAUGUCUGCAGAUCGCCGUUCCUUGGCUGUCUUCAAGGUGCCGUGUGCCAACAGCGCAAAGCCUUCGCUCGCGUUUUUCGUGUCUUUUCAUCAGUGGCUCCUGCAUACUCAUAUCCUUUAUCAGUUCACGCUUUUCCGUACUAAUUCUUCGCCUGUUACCCGCAGUUCACCGUCACUUCUCAAAUAGUCGCAGCUGGCCGCGCCACACUGGGCGCCCGCCCCCCUUGCAGUCCAUGUCUUCCUACUCAGAAGUUUGACCCUUUGAGGGGUCGUGUGUCACCAGCGGGAACACGGAUCCACGUUUGCUCUAUAAAAAGCUCUUUGAAAGAUUUCUCCUGUCACACUUGUUAACUGGAGUUUUCUGUGGAAACCUUUUCGAGGCAGGGGACGUAGCUGUUUUCCUUCCGUGUGGUUCUGAGCAUGGCAGUACGCGCCGUCUAGUUUACCGGGAAACUUGUGAGAUCCAUAGUUUCCUCGCAUCUGUUUCGCUCAAAUACCUCUGAAGUUGAGCAUGUGACAGUCUAUAUUGUUGUCUCUACUAGUCCCAGGAGUGCCGCCGUGCGCUUCCCUACUGUCGUGUCCAGGUCCCUCAACCAGCCGCAGCACCGAUUUUCGUGUCUCGUGCGGGUCUGCGAAUCUUCAGUACUUCACCACGUUCCAAGUGUUCUAACCUUUGCUCCAGCUUGAGUUUUCUUUCUAAAUUUAUGGUGUCAAGAGCCUCUUUUCCCCGUUCAGAGGGAAAAUGUUAGUCAUUCGAGCCGGUUCGUGUCCGGGGUCUUCCGGGCGGAUUGCCCGUUUUGGGGGAUACCGAAAGUGCGUUUUUGUCCUAGGUUUGGUCGGGCUCUCAACUUCUUCUCUACUCGCCCUUUGUGGCGAAGCGUCCCUCGAGCCGGGUGAUCCGUUCAAAAGCAUGCUUCCUCUGCUAAAAGAGACGGUCCAGCUCGAGGAAAAAUUCCUUCACGAUGUGUUCGAUGACGAUAACGAAGACGACAAUCCAUCCAACACCAAACAGGAAAGCAAACCGGUGUCUCCCGUACACACAGACCGACUCAUAGGCUGGACGAGUGCCAGCUGGCCAGCCUGCAAGAGCGAAAUGUACAACGAGAACCAACUCCGCGACAUUGCAGCCCGUCUAGGCGAGUUCGAAUUCCAGGCGGCAGGCUACAAUGCGUUUCUUCUUGACGGUUGCUGGGCACUUCCUGAGAGAGAUAGUCAGGGCCGGCUGCAGCCUGACCCAGAGCGUUUCCCCUCAGGCAUGAAGGCUCUCGUCGACUUCGUUCGUCGGAAAGGUCUCCGUUUUGGCAUUGGAACGUAUCUCGAUAACAGCUGUUCAGAAAUGCACACUCCGGGCGUCGGUGCCGACCCAGACCACGAUGUCGCUCUUUUCACGGAGUGGGGAGUCGACUUCAUCAAGGUGAAUGCGUGCGGAGCCCCUGCACGCAGUAUUCAUGCGCCAGCGGCGAACUGGAGGAGCGCGAUCAACUCCAAGGUGUUGGAUCGGUACCCUCAACUGGUCUGUAGCUGGUUCAGCGAAAUUGGGAGCUCCUUGCCCGAACAAAAGCUUUACACAAGCAAAAUUCAAACUGAACUUAGCGAACUGGCAAAAUUUUGUGAUGUCGUGAAUAUCUUUGAGACAACUCCUCCCACGUGGGACAGCAUGAAGAAGAUGGCGGCCACGUGGCAGGCAAGGGUGACGGCUGUGUCUUCAGUUCGCCACAAGAAAUUUCAGAUGAGCUGGAGCCCUCAGUUUCUGUCGGUCAAUGGUUUGGCCUCCCGCAAUCUGGCGGAACUCCGAACUCAAUUUUCCUUGUGGGCCCUCAGUGGAGCUCCCAUUAUGCUGGCCGGUGACAUCACCAAAGUGCCUCAGGAUGUUGUUGAUAUUCUGACUGAAAGAGGUGCCACGGAUGUUGCUGCUAACGUGGACACGAUGUGGGGAAACAGGAGUCUUGGAGACGGCUCUGUCCAAGCGUGGAUCUCUUCUCUCUUUGGCCCGAGAUUUGCAAUCGGGGUCUCCAACUGGGGAGACACUCCAGUCACUCACAAAAUCGACUGGGCAGAAUUCAGAGAUUGGCUUGGCAUUGUGCGCGGGUACCCCCACGAAAUAGAAGAUAUCUGGAGGCACGAGAAUCGAGGCAUUAUGCGUCCAGAUGGAUCUCCUCUCGUGAUCGAACUGGGGCCUCAUGAAACGGUCCUUCUCAAGUCAACGAUCCAAGAUCGCGAGGAGUCAGCUCAAGAGCAGCUGCCUGUGCCGCAGGUGGCAGGGCGCGUGCCUCGUUCGAGGGGCGUUGGCCUAGAUUUCUCUGAAAAUCCUACUGACCCGUUUGCGCCUCCGGUGGAUGGCCCCGUUCUCUUUCCUACGCCAGCCUUUUCUUCGCGGCCUAUUCUCCGAGGCUCUGGUAAGGUGCGAAUCUUUCGCAUCGGCUCCAUUAUCUCUCGGCCUCCACGCCCUGCUCGUGAGUCGCCUUUCGACCACCUCGUAAAAACCAUGGAUCAACUGGCCAACCAGUUGGUUACCAAAGUAAUUCCUGACCUUAUGAAGGACGGGCCGCAAGUGAAGCAGGACGGCGCGCGUGACGCUACUAAGGCCCCAGAAGUUGCCCAACCGGUCCCACAGGCAAAAGCGUCUCCAGCCGAGUCCGCGGAGGCCGCCGUGAAAACCUCCAAGACGACCUUCUCGUCAAGCGUGGAGAAGCCAGACACGGAAAAGAUCGCAAAGAGUCAGCCCGAUGUGAGAAAGGGGCAGGCCACAGCUGCUUCAUCAAAAAUGAAAGAAAGUGGCUCCGAGUCCAGUGAACAGCCAGAGGCAACGCAGAAAAGCAGUCGAACCGGUUCGUGGUCUAUGUUCGUCGCGGGGUUAGUUGCGGCGGGUCUCCUCAUUGCGUUUGUCCUUGUGGGAAGAGCACUUUUCAUGGCUUACACAAAGUCCAAGGUGGAGGGCCCUGCCCGGAUGCAGCUGAUGCAGUGCGAGAGGCCGCAUGCCAGCUGAGGAAAAUGGCAAGUGACCCGUGGGAGUUUUUUCUGGCGAGUCGAAACGAAAACGCUGAGAAGAGACACACGUUGUGAAAAAAAAACUAUACUGUUUCGCCUACGCAGUCUCUUUUGGGGAACCGUCAACGAAACAGCGUAGAUGUACGCGGUCAAGUCUCACAGAUACCAAAGGGGCAGUUGGUGCGUCAAAAGAGCAUGGAACUGAUACGUUCUGUUUCCGUGGUUCGAAAGGUUUUUUCAUGGACAAACCUUCUCCGGUGAACUCCUGGAGAGUUUUAGUGAUGCAGGGAAGAGUUCAACGACAACGGUACAGCUGCUCCAAUUACAUACACGGUA